CACCUUUCAUUGUAGAAAAAAAAGAAAAGAAAAUAUCGUAAAAUAUUCGUAAUUAGUGAAUUUUGUCAAAUAAAUUAGAAUAAUGAGUAUAAUAACGAUAAAUAUGGCAAAAAAUUCUAUUGUUGUCAGCCAAGAGCUACGCGCCUGCCGCGGGUGCUUGAAAACCGAAUGUCUAUUGUAUAAUUUGAAAGGCGAAAUCGCAAAAGUUUUUACUGAAUUAAUUGGUGAUCCAAUUAUACCAUCGGAUGUCUAUCCGAAGCACGUCUGCUGUACGUGCUUGGCUUUCCUCCAGAAGUUUAAGAGGUUCCGUCACAGAUGCCAUGAAACUAUGAUCUGUAUGAAACGACUGGUGAAGGCGAAGUGUUUGACACUGAGCAAUGUGAAUAAGCUAAACAAAGCGUUGAUAACACAACCUCUCACUCAGACGCAAACUGAGACAGAUAUGUACGAACCCAGCAACGAUAUGUAUCUGUACAUGACCGGCUCACAAGUACAGGUAUAUACGGCUGAACAAGAGGGCACAUUCACUCCAGUUGUGGUCUUACCGAGCCCCACAGAUCUGAACAUGACCAAAGCUCAAGCUGAAAGUAUCGCUAGACAGAGACAAGUAAUCACAGCUCUACCUGCUGUCGAUACGAAUGCACCACUCGAGACUGUUAUGUUGAAAACUAAUCAGUUAAAAGACGGCGCACACGCUUCGAAUAGUACGCAUGAUACAUCUGAUGAUUUAAGAAAAAUAAGAAAAGCUAGAAAUGAAAUCAAUGAUGCAACAGCAACUGACCCGUUAGAAAGUAGGCCUAACUCACUCACUGGUGAUAUUAGUGAAAUUAAAAUAGAAACUAAUGAUUUGCCUGACAAUGAAGAAAUGAUCAGUGGUGACAUAGAUACAAACUUGGCUAAUCUAUCAUUAUUACGAAAUGCACUAACUCGAGAUAGUACAAAGGUUUUAAGAGAUGACGAAAUGGUUUUUUUAAAUGCAGCAGUUCGGAGAGACCGCACCGUUGACAACACAAUAGGUGCAAUAACUAGUACUGUUAAUGCUGAAGGUGUUAAGGUUAAUAGGAAUAAUUAUACAAAGGUUAAUAGGAAUAAUUAUACAACAGCAGAUAAGAAGAAUUUAAAUGAUGAAACAAUUACAAGCAAUGUGAACAUUCCACGAAGUGAAUCUAUAGUUAAUAAAAUUAAAUUUGAGAAUGAAGAUAUUGUAAAGGAAGAGAAUUUGAUACACCCUGUUGAUGAAGAUGACGCCACAGAACCCGAGAUAAUCGAUAAAGAUAUAAUUUUGAGUCUCCCUAAUUUAACAUUGUUACAAGAUACUGUAACUGACGAAGGGAAUUUAGAAAUACCUUUAUUAGAUGCUGUGGAGAAAGAUAAACUGUUAAACAACACAAAUAGCGUAGAAACUAGUCUUGUUAAUGUAAUCGAUAGUGUUAAAGAAGGCAGUGAUAAUUUAGCAGAUAAGAAUAAUCAACAAAUUAGAAUUAAUGAUGUUCCACCUGACGUUUCCACAGUGGAAAUAAAAACAGAAAUAGACGACAUAAUCAAAGAAGAGAAUUUAAUCCACCCUGUUGAUGAUAAUGAUGAUGUAAAUUCUGAGACAAGUAACAAGGAUAUUGCAGAAGCUAAGAAAGUGACUUCGGAUAAUAUUGUGAUGGAUCUUAUUUCUUCAUCGUCAAGUGACUGCAGUGAUGAUGAGAGUACUGAGACUGCUUUUUCAUCAGACAACGAAAAUUGUGUUAUAUCUGAUAAUGAUGAUGAUUCGUCUCCGCUACCUGGAGUAUGUAACAUAGCACCCAUAGAAGAAAUAAUGGUCAAUGAAGUCGAUCUCACUAAACAUGAUGAUGAUGAAGAUACCCAUGCAAAAACAAACGGUGAAAUAUAUAAAAAAGUAAUAAGAAGAAAAGAAAGAAAUGCAAACAUAAAAGCACGGACAAUAGACAAUAAAACUGAAGAGCCACAACCACCACAAAUUGAAACUAUAAUAGUGAAUGAAGUUGACCUCACUGCGUUUGAUGAUGAUGAUGAUGAAAUAAAUAGAAAUAAUGAUCAAGAAGAAAAAGCCCAAAGUAACGUUGACGAAAAUGCCGAGCACAAGACAAGUAAAGAAAAUGAAGGAGUUACGGAAGCCAGGAAAAAUGGACUUAACACUGAAGAAAAUUCUCAUUUUGUCUAUGAAAACGCCUAUGAUACAGACAGUGACAACGAAAGUGGAGAUUUGCCAUACUGCCUCGCCGGUUUGAACAGAAAUAUUUACCAGAAAGACAGUAAGCGCAACUUCUCAGAGCCCAAACCUUUAAUUAAAAAACGAAAAUCGGGAGAUGGUAACACCGGUGCAGCUAAAGUCAGAAAAAAGGAUGAAUAAAGGAGUAAUGAUAUAUAUAUAUGAGGAGCUCGGUGGCGCAGCGGUUAACGCGCUCGGUCUGCGAUUGUUGAAGUUAAGCAACUUUCGCAAAGGCCGGUCAUAGGAUGGGUGACCACAAAAAAAAAAGUUUACAUCUCGAGCUCCUCUGUGCAUACACCCCGCCCACGACUUUCAACUACUGGUCACUUGAUUGUUUGCAAACAAACACGUCACGUUGCGCGUCAUAGUAGAUAAAUAAUUGAAAAAGUUUGUUAUUUACCAAUGGCUGUAUACUCGUUAUCAAAUAACCGAGUUAUUCGGCCGAGUACGAGUAUCAAAAACCCGCUGAGUAUGCAGAGUACCGAGUAUCAAACGAGUACUCGGCCCAUCUCUAGUAAAAAGUAACUGAUUUGACUGGUUGAACACUGGCCUAUUACAGCUGGUUGGUGCAGAAAUAAAAAUGCCUCGUUCAUAAUUACA